AUGGCGUCCUCCGGAGGCACUACGGCAGCGAUAGGCGGCAGUCUUCCGGCCUUACUCCUGGCCAACGGUUCCCUCGGUGGUGGCGGAAAAGGCAUUGGCAAACCGGACAUCAAACCUAUCAUCACUGGCGGGCCCGCCGCCGGUGCCCCGAGCAAAGUGCUGCUCGGUGGCGAUAAACACGAAACAUGGCAGAUGGAACUACUGAUGGAGCGGCUCCGGACGAAGGCGAAAUCGGCCCAAUACAAAUCGUUUCCGGAGAUGUCAAAAUCCGUCCGGAUGUCGCUCUUGGAAAAACGUUACGCACUCGAUGCGGUGGAAAAAUCGAACCUACAGAAAACGCUCGACAGCAUGCAGUAUUGUAUCAAAGUGACCACCCGGCAGGGGCUGGUCGAGCGCCUCGACUGUCUGACCCGACAGCUGGGGCUCAAGCUGAGCGAAGACACGUCCGGGUUGUUCAUCUCGUCGGAUAUGUUCUACCUCGAGAUCCUCCUCGACCCGGCCGGCACGGUGCAGGACGUAAAGGUGCACCACGAGUGCAAGAUGAAGCAGCAAAGCUGCAGCGAGCUCGUUGCCUGUCUGCAGCGGGGCGACUUUGCCGACUUUACAACCCAGCUCGAGGGACUGGCCUCGAUCUAUCAGCUGAACGCGGAGAAGAAGAUCAAGGUGAACGCGUUCGUGGCGCUGCAAGCACUCGAAACGGAUCUGCACAAGCUGUACACGCUCUCGAUGCAACGCUACCCGGAGGUGCGCUCGCUGUUGCUGCAGUCGCCCCUGGGUGUGGUGCAGAAACGGCGCGGCGGCCAUCCGAUGCGCCUCACGUACUUUGUGGCUCCGUACGAGUUGCUCGAUCUUGGGACGCGCACGAUGAAUGGCCUUACGGCUGAACUGAUUGUCCGUGAAAAGAUCGGGUGCAGUGUGACCGUCGUGCUAGAAGCGUCCAGCGCGAACAAGUUGCAGAUCCAACCGCUGCUGGUGGUCGGACCCGGGGCCGGCGGACUGCAGAGCCCAUCGACCACGUACAGUGCGAUCGAAAAACAUAACUCUACCUCACUGCCGGCCACGUUCGUGCUGCGUCUCAGUAAGCCGAUGCCCGUGGACGGGUCGAUGAUGGCCGCGAUUCGUGCCGUCGUUGGACGUGAAGAUCGUCCACCGGACGGUGAUUCGACAGUCAACGGCGGCAGCAGCAGCAGUACUUCAACGUUGAUGGCCUUGAUCGCGCAGCACGCCUCCGGUGGUGCCGUGACCGAUCUGUCCCGUGGUCUCCCGCUAGUGCUGCCCGAUCAGUGUCACUGUUACUUUCUCACCGACAAUCCUGCCUUACGAGGGGUGAUGGUGGGAAGCAUCCCGUUCACCGAACCACAGCACGUCCCGAAGCUUCUCGUCUAUCUGCGCCGAGCGGCCGUCUUCAAUCAGCUUCUUGCCAGCUGCAUCCGCACGACCCCGUCAACAGUGGCCUUGGGAACCGGAGCGGAGUCCACCACCGUCGGUGCUUUGGUGUUCGAAGUGACGGCACUUUCGUGCGACUACAUCACCGUGUCGGUAAUGCACCCGUUCGAUGAUUCGCUGGCGACGGUCGAGUUUGAUCUGCAGAACAUUGCCGCGAUCGCGGUGCGCGUCUACUGUGGCGGCGGACUGGAGGAAGCGGAAAGUGAGGAACAGCAGCAGCAGACGGCUACCCACAUUUCGGCCGUCCUACAGCGUUGUAUGUCGAUUCCGGUCACGCUGCGAGCGCUCGUCCGUCACUGGGAGGAGCGUAAUGAGCAAAAGUUCAAAAUCAAGCCGGCCGUGGGACCGGGUGGCGGCGCCGGACAGUCUGCCACCGGUGGUCCUUCUUCCUCCGGUGGACCCGAAUCCGGCGGCGGAGGCGGACCAACGGCAUCGGACGAGAGCAACGGAUUUCCAAGCCUUUCACUGGGUCCACCGUCGGUAGAGAGUGCAAGCAAUGGUACGACGGCAGCAAACGGAAUGAAUGGUGGUGGUACGUCGAACGGCACGAUCGGGCUGUCCCAUCUUCACCAGCAGCAACGACCGUCCGCGGCCAUGAUGGUGAAUGGUGCCGCGAAUGGGUUCGGUGCCGGGUCUUGCCUUCCCAGCGGUGCAAUGGACGGGUUCGGUGACAUGCUGGCAGCGGUCCGAAAUGGUCGCGGCCCGGGUGGUGGACCGCGAGAACCUCCGGAAAUGUUGGCCGGGGCUAUGGCGAAGAAACGACGAAUGAACGAGGAUUUUUGUAAGAGCCCAAAGAGCGAUAGCAACCGUGACGAUGGUGGUGCUGGUGAUGAUGGUGGCGAGGUCACGGCCACCUCGUCGUCCAUCGGUACGACCACCACCGGCAGCCAACUAGGCGGCAUUGUGGCUGGUGGUGUUGCAACCGUGGCGGCGGUGGCCGCGGCCGUCGCCGCCGCCUUUCAGGAUCAGCAGCAGCAGCGUCCGGCACGGUACGGCGGAACGGAGGAGGACGCCGGCCGGCAGGCGGUCCCGCUGCUGCUACACGACGAAUCGGCCAAUGCGAACGGGGUCGAUUCGGGCAGCUCUUUGGGUGAACGAACAAACGAACCUCAACCGUCAAAAAACCUGAACAACAACAGUGAUCCUCCUCCGAGCGCCGGCACCCUGUCCUCUAGCUUCUCUUCCGGCCUCGCCAACCUGGACGAUGAGAAGGGCCGCCGUUCAGCGGGCACGCUCCUGCUUGAAAGUCUCGACUUUUCCAGCCUCGACCCAACGGCUGCGACGGCCAGUGCUGACCAGCUACUUCUGGGGCUGCGUGGCACUGCUGCCGAUGGCCGCCGAGGAAAGAGGAAACGGAGCACCAGCAGCACGAGUAGCAGCUCGUCGAGUAGCAGCAGUAGCUCGAGUUCGAGCAGUUCAAGCAGUUCGUCGGAUGUCGAAGAAACGGUCGAUUUGGUCGAGGCCGAAAUGAGCAGUUUUUUUGCCGACGGAACGACCACCGCUACACCGGCGGUGGCGGUCACUAGUGGUGGGUUGCCCAAACUUGCCACGGGCCCUUCCAGUAAACCCGUUUCUUCCGCCGGACCGGUCGGAAAAGUGGUUUCACCUUCUUCGCAAGCUGGCGACAGUGGCGGCGACAAACGACCCACCCUUGGGACAACGGAUGGACUGGACAUGCUUAUGCCGCUCGGCACGGCGGCUUCCCCCCUUACGAUCACACCGAUACCGGGAACGUCGUCAACUGGCAGCUCUUCAACGCCAUCGUCAGCUUCGGCUAAAAAAGCUUCGGCCGCCACCGUCGGCCAUCGGAAGAGUGGCGACUUGGAGCACGGCGGUAGCGCUACCGAGGGUAACAAAAAGCCGGAAAAGAAAAAGAAACGCAAGGCGGACGAUACGGCGGGAUUGGCGAUGGGGCCACCGAAUAAGAUACCCUUCAAGAGCGGAGAAUCGUCGCCCAGCCAUCGAGGUAACGGCGGCGGCGGCGGCGGAGGGGGCUCGAAUAAAUCCAGCCCGAAGCACUCGUCCAGUCCCGUGCACCACAGUAGCCCCAAGCACGGUGGCAGCAACAGUUUGGGGUUUAACAGUCCCAAGCACGGCACGUCGUCCCCGAAACAUCAACCCACCGGUGGGAUCGGUAGCGGCAGCCUAGGGGCCGUUGGUGGUGGUGGCGGCGGUAAACCGAGUAUGUCGGCCCUCAAAUCGGCCGCCGCCACCGGAAGCUCACCGGGUUCGUCGAAAUCGUCGUCCAGUGGCGAUCCGAUCGCUUCGGGUCUCGCGGGCUCCAGUAGUUCAUCCAAGGAACGGGAGAAGGAAAAGAAAACGACGGCAGCGCUUCAGUUUUCUUCCCUGGCCAGCUCUUCAUCGUUUGGGGCCACCACCAACACGGCUAGUGGGGCAGCUUCGGGGCGAUCGAAAAGUGCCGCGUUGAAGCAGUUGAAGCAACUCGAUCUUUCGAUCUCGAUGGCCAGCCCCGGUGCAGACGGCGGCAUCCUGGGCGGUGGUUCACCGGCCACAACUCCGACCAUCGAUCUGACCGGAAGUCCCACGAAUGCACCCGGCGGCGGAGGGCUAGCCGCGAGUCUCGGGCUCGGUACGGGAUCGAUUGCAGCGGCCACUAUGCUGCAAGCAAUACAGGCGGCCAAACAUCGUAGCAAACUGUACCAACAACAGCAGCAACAGCAACAGCAGCAGCAACAACACACGGGUGGUGGCACGUUGAGCGCCGUGAUCGACAAGCUAAAGUCGGCCCAGUCCGCCGACGACGACGGAGCGGCCGUGCUCGUGUUGCCCGAGAUGACCAUUACACAGCAGACGCAACCAACGUCGUCACUGGCGGGUGGCGGAGGUGGCACGGGCACCGGCGGAAGCACGAGCGUCAAUAUUGGAAGCUUCGGAGCACUCAGUGGUCCCGGCGGUGGAGCAAUCACCCUGAAGGACGGCUCGAAGGCAAGUGGACUCCUCUCCGCGGCGGCGUCAUCCUCGUCGGCCUCUCUUACCAACUGUGCCUCUCUUGGGAUUAGUUCUGCCUCACAAUCAACAUCCAUGACCCACGGUGGCGCAUCGCUGGCGUCCGCUGGGCAGUCGGCGGGAAAAGCGUCCUCCGAGUACAUGGUGAAGCCGAGCUCGGACGGCAUCAAGCUGACGAUCCAGAACAAGAAGGGCUCGAAAAGCUCGAGCUCGGCUGGUUCCAGCAAAAGCAGCGCCACCAGCAGUAGUAAAUCCGGACUCAAACCCGGCGUUUCCAGUGGUCCAAUUUCGUCGAAACAGCAACAACAAUCGUUGCAGCAGAACCACAGCAGCACCACCUCCUUCAGCGGGGCCUUCUCAGCGUCCACGAAAGGCGGACACGGCAGCAGCCCUCACUACGCCAGCUCCUCGGCGAAGGCACCGUUUCAAAAGUCCAACUCUUUCGGUUCGCUCACUGGCACUUCCGGUGCGCUGAAGGCCUCGUCGAAGGUUAGCUCCCCAAAGUCGUCCUCCAACCCGGGCAACCCUUCAUCGUCGUACUCAUCGACGGUGAAAGAGAAAACCUCCGUCGGUCGGCUGGGUUCGAGCAAAUCCUCGACCGCGCUCGCUUCCUCGCUCGGGUCUCUCGCUGCGUCCGCCGGCCACGGUGCUGCGCCCGGUGCGCUGGUGAACCCGAUAUCGAUCAUGAAAAUGCUCGGUUACCAAACGAGCGGCACCGGUUCGAUGGGCAGUCUCGAUGGGUUCGCCAAAUCACUCGACACCAAGUUCCAGAUACCGAAACUGUCCGCCCGAGCAAACGCCACACAGUCCGAUGGAGCCAACGAUGAGCGAGCGAGCACCAAGGGGACGAAGGACACGGUGGCGUCGUCGGGAAACCGGCAGAAGCAGAAGCAGCAGCAGCAGCAGCAACAGCAGCAACCGCUGGUACCUUCUCCGGGUAGCGCCGGUACUUGUGGUGGUCCGUUGCGGAACUUUUCACCGUCACCUUCCGGUGGCAGUAACGACGGCGGAAAUGGUUGCCAACCGCCCGCUGCAACCGUUGCGAGCGCCCGGCUACUGUCCGAUUUACUGGGCGCAUCGAAAGCGCCCGCCAAAUCUGGCACUGCCGAUGGCGUUGGCGGCGGCAGUGUGUCUCCGCUCCAUCCCCUUUUGCCAAACAUUGUGCAGAAAAUGUUUGGUAAUGACACGGCGGCAAGCAAUAGCAUCGGCAGCGGCGUGCUAACGAACGCCGGCAGCGGGCCGCUCUGCUCGAUGAGCCACAAAUCGAACAGCUCCGACGGAAGCAUGUUCCCGGCCGACCGUGCCUCGCCCGGAAUGCUGGCCGGUGUACGGUCGGGGUCGGCACCCGGCACCCCCACAACCACGACGGCGCCCGGCUCGAUGGUGGUGCUACCGCCGUUUCCGUCGCCCGUCUCGGGCGGUGCUUCGAACGAUGGAACCGGCGAUCUGCUUGGCACCCUGAUGCGCCCACCGUCGCGCCCCAGCAGCACCAUCUCGAACCACUCGCACUCAUCGCAGGAUGGUGGCGGCGCGGCUGACGGUAUCCCGUCGGCGAUGAUGAUGAUCGGCCCGGGAGGAGGUCACUCGCCGGUGGCAGCCAUCUCGCUCGAUGGCGCCAGCACCACCCAGCAACUGAUGGCCGCCCUGAAAAGUGGCGUUGGGGCUGUGAAUCACCUGAAUCACCUGUCGAAUCACCACCACGCUAACCACGCAUUUGGUGUGGCCGCCAGCGGCGGUGGUGGUGGUGGAAGCGGCGGGACAUCACCGGCACUGAAAAGUCAUCCCUCGCCCGCGUCCGUCUCGGUGCACAUAAAGUCCCCGGCACCGUCUCCGUUACCACCGUUCGCGUCACCCCACUCAAACUCCUCCUCGACGCAUGCCGGUGGAGGUGGUGGCGGCCUUGGUAUCGAUGAUGACCUCAUGGACGAGGCACUGAUCGGCAUUGGCAGCAAAUGACAGACAGACAGCACCGAGCGAGGAUCGCAACGUGGAUGAUCGCUUGAAACGGUGGCGGCGGUGGUCACUGCGGUGUGUUAGGCCCGAGAGACGAGGGUAACCCCGGUAGUUAACCUGGUAGACAACAUGACACACACACACACCAACACACACACGCUAGUGUGUGAUCCAAUGAUCGUGUGCGACAAAUUAAUGGUUUCGUGCAUCCCUUCCCGAACACGGCGAAAAAAAAAUACAGUACAGUUCAUAGUGGGACUUCCGGCGUGGCGUGUCACGGCAUAGCGGCAGCGCGGAGGUCUCGAUCAUUCACCAAACCCCUUAAAACUGGUGCAGUUCGAUGGGACGGAACGAGAUAUUUGUAAAUAUUUCCGCUAAAAGGGACGCUGAACGGUCCUGAAGGCCUCCGCCUCCCCGAGAAUAGGUCAUUAUUAAUUUUUUAUUUCUUUACUGUUUCCACGAAAUACACACGUUACAAGAGCGGAACUGUGGAAACGUUCCGUUUUGGUUUGAAUUAUUUCUUCGCUCGCUGUUUUCUUUCCCCUUAUUUGGUUCGUGCGUUUUUUUUUAGUGUGAGGGCUUCCCGCUAUUUUGGUCGCUGGUCCAGUGUCCAGUGGUUUUUGCUUCUUGCUCGUACCGGAUGUUAAAGAGCCUCCGUUGCUGCCGCGUGCCGUUUGUUUGUUGGAGUGGCCGAAAAGUAGGACAUAGUUUUUAGUACCGAUAGUGCGUGAACAGUUUAGGCAAAUGGGGCGAAACGUGACAAGUUACAAAUAAAGUUGACGGCGCGCAGUGGAUUGAAGAACAGCACACUGGGCACA